UCUUCAGCAUAGCAGCACUAACACCUGAAUUAUCCCCACAGCCCGAAACAGAUAACAAUGCAAAACAAAUUUUAUAUGGUGUUUAAUCUAAUCGCCUUCAUGGAUACAACCUGCCACAAGCAGAAUAUUAAUAAUCGAAAUAGAUCAUUAACCGAUUGAUUUUAUCUUCUUUUGCUUUCACAAACAAAUCAUGUUAAUAUACUUUCCCAUAAUUUCUAGGUUGUCUGCAAUCAGGCCUGCAAUCCAGGUGCUGUGCCAUAGUGUUAUCUAUUUACUAACCAAUCACAUUAGAUCAGUAGUGCAGACGCCCAUUCUGAAGGAUAUAAAAGCAAGCAGUCUGUUCUCUGCCUCUCCAGGAAUCUUCUUCAGCAUCGAUGACUGCAGACAAACCCUUUCAAGACUGUAAAUCCUUCCAGACUAAAACUCUUCAGAACUCCAACAUGUUGCUGCUGGUUUUCCUGUUUGGUCUGGCUCUGGCUGCUGAACCUCCUUCAGGUGGACAGGAAGUGAAGCUGCUGCGUGGCGACUGUCCAAUGUUCUGGUACAGCUUCAAAGGCCGCUGCUACAAGUAUGUUGCCUCGCGCAUGACCUGGGGUGAAGCAGAGGUCCACUGUUUAUCAGAGGGAGGCAACUUAGUGUCCAUCCGCAGUCUGGAUGAACACAAUUUUGUCAAUAACCUGAUCAAGAACUUUGAUCCUACUCGGUCAGGGACCUGGAUUGGACUCAGUGAUGUUCAUAAGGAAGGAGCGUGGAUGUGGUCCGACGGGUCCAAAUAUAAAUUCUCCCUUUGGGCUCCUGGUGAGCCUAACAAUUAUGGAGGAACAGAAAACUGUGGUCACACCAAUGCUGGUUCGAUUCCGGACUAUUACUGGAAUGAUCAUUUGUGCUCGUACAAACGAGCUUUUGUUUGUGCAUCUCGUAUAAAUUGCUGUUAGCCACAGAAAAACUCUCAUUCCUGUCUGCGACUUUGGAUGCUCUAAUUUGAUCAAAUAUUUGUAAGAGCUUCAUGCACUAACGGUCUUUGAGAUUUCUCUGGGUGAAUUUUUUUUUUCUCAGUCUAUAAUUUCAAGAUUUAAUUUUCCAAAUGAAAUGUAAAGAAAAUAGCAUAUUUCACUGUGUCUUUAGGAAAAGACUUUCAUUUAAAGCUCAAGACAAGUGCAAAUCGUCAAUGAUUCACUUUCUGUUUGAGGAAGUUUAUUUUUAUAUGUUCUAACACCAUUAAUUCUUUGCAAAAGUCCUGUAGAGUUUUUAUUGUUAUUGUUGCUGUUAAGUAACAGACAAUGUUGUCCAGAUAUAAAAGAGGGACAUGAUAAUGCCAGUCGG